AUGCCUAAUGACGUACAAAACGUCGAUGUCACCGAUACUAAAAAGUCGAGUAUUUCUUCACCCGCAUUAUCCAAUGAGCCGAUUUCAAUUGACUCACCAAUAUCCGAUACAAUCGUUCAAUUGGAUGGUGUAAUAAAUACGGUUGCCGGUAUUUCAUCGUCACAAGUAAAUUGUUCGAUUGAUAUUAACACCGGAAGUGAAGAAACAACACAAUGCUUUGACGAAGCCAGCGCGUGCAAUCUGGGUGCCACUAACGUAGCGCAUUUGCCAAUUCGUAAGCGCACUCAAGAAGCUUAUUUGUCAAAUGCCAAUAAACGGAUCAAAACUCGAAAUCAAUAUAUUGCGGAAUUGUAG